AUGGACUUGAACGCCUUGACCCCGGAACAGUUGUACCAGCUUCCGGCUAUGGCUCCUCCCCCUGGCAUCGAAUCCAACUUCGACAAUCCGGAAUCGAUAGCAUACCAGGCUAUUGCCACUCUCUCUAUCUUCCUGAGUGUCAUGGUGAUUGCUGUGGGUGGACGGAUGUACUCGCGGCUCUGUAUUGUCAAGCGAACUGGGCUCGAUGACUGGACUGCCGUUUUGGCUGCGCUUUUCACUGCGGGUCUCGCUGGUACGGCGCUUUACCAACUGAACCAGAAUUGGUUUGGACCGCAUACUUGGGACAUCCGUCUCGUAGAGUUCAUCUCACCAACGUACAACAGGUUGAUCUUUGUCCUCACCAUAUUACUCCCUGUCGCCAGUUUCUUGGUCAAAAUCUCCAUCCUUCUCUUCCUUGGCCGUAUUUUCCCGCGUCGCGCCUCUCCGAAAACUGGGGCUGCGAUCUAUAUUGGGCUGGCACUCAAUGUGCUAUCGUACUCUGCGCUAAUCAUUACCACCGGUGUCCUCUGCGGGCCUCGAGCGCAAGACUUGGGACAGCUCCCUGCGCAGUGCGAACCCGAAGUCCGACAGGACUUGGGCAUCGCGACAGCUUGCCUGAAUGCUGCCCUGGACAUAUACGUCCUGGUUGUAGCUAUACCGGCUGUGUUGUCGCUGCAACUAGCGCCGAGAAAGAAGGUCGGUAUCAUCGCAGUGAUGGGCAUGGGUGUCAUUGCGAUCGUAUUCAGCAUCGUCACCUUGUACUACCGUGCAGACGGAAGCUACCGGGCUUCUGCAGCUGCAAAUGACCCGGCACGGACGCAGAUGGCCCCCCUUAUCUUCACCGUUCUGGAGCCUAUAUUCGGUGUCAUAACAGCUUGUCUGCCUGCAUUGCCUGCCCUCUGGAUUGAGUUAUCGAAAGUGGCGGGAAGCUCACUUCGCAGCCUACUGUCGCGGAGCAGAGGUGCUAGUUCCUUCAGCCUCUCGCGAACCAACAGAGAAUACAAGAAGAGCGCAUAUGAGCUACGGGAUCAGUCCAAAGGUGAAUCUACGCUCAUGUCCAAGAGCUUGGACGAUCGAGAUGCGACGUUUACACACGACACGGAAGGCCAGUACGUCGCCCCGCAUGAGUUUCCCACCCAGAAUGACAGGUACCUGUGA